AUGUGGAAACAGCCAAAAAAUGACGGUGCAUCUUCCUUUGGGAAAAAUUUAGGUAAGGCAGAGUUAAAGUCGUCGAAUAUUAAUUGGGAUGUCGUCCAUAAGCUAACUGAGAAAGCUGCUCACAGGCCAAUCAAGAAAGGUGCUCUUACACUGACUAGAAAAGGUGGUCUCACACUGACUAGGAAAGGUGCUUUCUGGCUCGAGGAAGGUGCUCACAAGCCAAUCAAGAAAGGCGCUCACAGGUCCACCGAGGAAGCUGCUCAUAGGCCAAUCAAGAAAGGUGCCCCUAGGUUUGAGGAAAGUGCCCCCAGGUUUGAAAAAGGUGUUGAAAAUAUCACGAAUCGGCAAAAACAACCUUCAAAAUCCAAAGCAAAUGUUCCUAAUUUCUUCAAAGAUUUGCGGGAACAGCAAAAGGAAAAAACCUUGUCUUUGAACGAAACCAAAUCGAUGGAUAUGACCCAGCUUGGGGAUUUAAUCAGGUCUAAAAAAAAGAAAUUUAAUUACGAUAGUCCUUCAACAGACUUAACAAAGACUUGUGUGCAAUUAUUUAAAGAGAUCAAGGAAAAGGCAGAACAAACUAGUUGUUUAAAUUACAAUGAUCCAUCAGAAGAAUGGAAAAAGAGAUUUACAAAAGAAGAGUUGGUGCAGCUUGAAAACUUUUUUAAAACAUUUCCAACAACCGCCACCGUUUGUGGGAAACUGAUGACUAGUCCUGUUCGAGUAGGUGAUUUGGUGACUUUGGGGAAGGAGAAUUUAAGGUUGUGCAUUGUUGCUGCCAUACCAAGAAGUUUUGAGUCUCAAAUUGCAGCAUUUCUUACCGAUAGGGGAGAAGUUGUUUUUUCAAACUUAUACCACAUAAAUUAUAGAAUCCCUGGCGCUAUUCCAGAAAAAUAUCACAAAGUAAUCGAAAAAUUGGUUAUUCUUGAACAAAAGAUUCUUGAUGUUGCCCCAGUGGGUGUGCCGGAUCCUCAAUUCUCUGAAUCAAAGGAGACUUUACCGGUAGAAUUACAAGAUAAAUUCAAAUCCUUGUUGAAGGAAAAUGAAAAUAAAAGUGAAAACGAAAACGAAAACGAAAACGAAAACGAAAAUAAACUCGAUGAAGAUACUGCAAAAGAACUUUCCGAUUAUGAUUCCACUGACUUUUUCGUCACACAAGCAUCAUCGCAGCUUUUGACUAAUUCGCCAGUUCAGACAUAUCUAGUGCCCAUUGCGGCAAGAGAACUCUACCAUAAAGCUUUAACAAGAAUCUCGGAUGAAGCAUUUCGAAUGGUUAAUGAAAUAAACGGAAAAUUGGAAAAGUUGCAUAGACUUUUACAAACCGAUGCAACUCAGGAGUUGAAUGCGCCACGAAUAGUUUCAAUUUUUGAGUUACUUCACAAGAUAGAUGAACCACUUACUAUUACUUCAGGGUUGAAUUCGUCUUCUUCUUCUUCUUCUUCUUCUUCUUCUUCUUCGUCAUCGUCCCAUAAGAAUUCCCUAUUAGGAGCAAGUCCAAUAGAACUGGUUGAUUAUGAAAAUAAAAAAUUUUCAGUUGCAAAAUAUCUAGCAGUUGUGUUUGCUUUGAAAAAACAAAGUAGACUUUGGACAAUUCAUAAAAGCGGCUCCUCUCCUACUAAAGUCACUAUUUGGCCAUUGGGGCAAAUCAUUUAUGAAGACAAGAUAAACGAGUAUUUGGACAAUAAAGGUAUUUCCGAAAUUGCAGAUUAUUGCGUUAAAAAAAUUCUUGGAGAAGAAGUGGGGGCUGCUCCUUUCGUAUACGAUGGAGUAGUUGAAAUGUUGCAAGAAUAUGUUAAUGGGAAAUAUGAAAGCAAUCCAGAAAUUUCUGCGACUUUGAUUUCUCUUUUGAGAAAGAUUGAUAGCCUAUUGCAAUCAAAAGGUUCACAGCCAACCAAGGAUGCUUAUAAAUUUGAAUACUCCUUUGGCAAAGCAUACGAUUUAUUGGUCAAAUUAAAAGGUGGAACUUUUGUUGAUCCAGUAAAAUGGCUUCGGGAAGCUGAUUUUUCAAAUCAAGAGUUAGGCAUGAAGGCUGAUAUGCGCGAGACUUACUACAAAUAUUUUGAUGAGGCAGUCGAGGCAGUUGAAAAGGAUCAUAGCAUGCAAAAAUGUUUGGAGGAAAACCUCUACGAAAAGGAUCCGCUUGCCAAAGCUAGAGUCGAUAUGACCGAGAUUCCAAUCUACUGUAUUGAUGAUUCAACAGCUCAUGAAAUUGAUGACGGUAUUUCACUUCAUCAAGAAAGAGGCAAAUAUGUUAUUUCUGUUCAUAUUGCCAACCCAAGCUCUUACAUUAAACCUGAUUCAACCAUUAGUUCAAUUGCAUUUGAAAAAGCAUCAACCACUUAUCUUUUAGAAGAUGUCUUUCCAAUGUUACCCAAGGCGAUCUCGAACCUUUCAGGUUUGGGAGUCAACAAACAAGAGAGAAGAACCUUUGUGAUACAGUACAGGCUAGAUAAGGACUCUGUAGACCGGUAUAUAUCAGACAAAAUGCUGGACCCCGACUUUUCCCCCACCCCAUCAUUUCUUCGAAAUAUUGAUGAACAAAUUAAUGAGAGUGGAACUGUAUUUUUUGGAAAGGUUAAAAGAUUUCGUCAAGGAUUUACUUAUGGCGCAGUAAACGAACUUUUAGAUGAUAAAGAAAAGAUGACCCUGUUCAAACAAACGGGGGGAUCAAAAGAUCCCGACUUUGAUAGUUUAUUCAAGUUGCUGAACAUUUCGAAUUUGCUUUUGGGGAUUAGAAAAUCUAAAAAAGCUUUCCUUUCAAAUGGCAAUAUCAAAAUAAGUUACAACAAGGGCACAAGCAGUCAAAACUCUUUUGAUUUUGAAAAUUAUCGUCAAGAAAUGGUUAGUGUUACAUUACCAAACUCCAAUCACUCUGUUUCGAUUGGUAUGCAAAAAACUACUGGGGGUGUAUCCACCUGUUUGGUUACUGAAAAUAUGAUUAUUGGAAAUUACUUGGUUGCGAAAUUUGCAGAAAAACAUCAUAUUCAAAUUUUAUACAAGUGCAUGGAUCCUAAGUUUGAAGGAGAGUUGCUUGAGAAAUACGAGAGAUUAGUUAAAGUUUUGGAUGCAGAAAAGGACCUUUCGAUACUAGCCGAGGCACCUAAUUUUUAUGCAUUCUUGAACAGAGCUUUCAUUUCUGAUAAACCAGAUAAGCAUUUUUUUAUGGGAUUGAGUGUGUACACAAACGUCUCCUCGCCACUUAGACGGUAUAUCGAUAUGGUGAAUCAAUGGAAAAUUCAGGAUUAUUUCCUUAAGCAGUCAACAGUUCCGGAUGAAGCAAUCAAGGGUAUAGUCUCCCUGUUGAAUGGUAAAAGCGAUAUUAUACGGAAUGUUCAAAAUCGGUCAAAGGCUUUUUGGCAAGCCUUGAUUUUAAAGAUUUGCAACGAAGAGGAGGAGGGGAAAAGAAUGGGUACAAAUUCCAAAACAGUGGCCGAGAAGCUUAAUUUGCAAUUGAGUUUAAGGACAAAUCCACAAAAGGGGACUGCAGUUGAUGUUCUAUUGGAGACAUUCACUAGCGUUCGUGCUCAUCUUGAGGUAUCGAAAAACUUAGUGGAGGAUUUCAGUAAAGGUGUCAUACAGAUUGGCAAAUCGAUCAACCCUUCGAGAUUAAAUUUGAAGAAAGUUGACAUUAUCGAAAAUGAGGUGAUUUUCGAAUACAAGUAG